AUGGGCCGCAUCUCCCUCACGGCACUCAACGUCCGCAGAACUGCAGUAGCGAAACUCAAAGCAAAACAGAUUACGCAGCAGCCGAGCUGGCUGAAUAUCGUCGGCGACAUCCCUCCCGCCCAGAUCCUGGUCCGCCAGCCGUCUCUUCAACAUCCUUUGACGAAAGUCCGCACCCGCUCGCUCCCCAGCGGGAAGACAGAACAGUAUGUGCAAGUGGUGGAGCCGAGGAAGCGCAAAACAUUGAAAGAUCGACAUCUGUUUAUGCCGAAAAGGUUACAAUAUGAAGAGGACUCUCUACGGUCAAGGUUCUUCAGCGAUCAUCCUUGGGAGCUUGCCCGGCCUCGGGUCGUGCUUGAAACCUCUGGAGAUCAAUACAAGAACGCAGAUUGGUCGACCGGCUUGAUCCAACCAGGCGUCCCUCUGUCAGGCGAGUCCGUCGUCCAGAGACAACUCUGGCUCCUCCAGAAUGUCCCGGACAUUACAGUCUCACAGGCGUACGACAUUGCCCGAAAAGAAUUCUAUUCUUUGCGCCGACAGGAAGAGACGAGGAACAGAAUCGCUGCCGAGGAAGCCAGGCAUAUGGGGGCUCAGUUUGGCAAGCCAGCCAUCCAGAUCGGCAUGAAGAUUGAGAAUGAGAUGUACAACGAUUGGGAGAGGUGGAGCCGGCAAGUGGUGGCUGAGCAGACUCAGAGAACUGCCGCGUUUGAAGGGUCAAUCAGUAAAGUGGAAGACGACUCGAUAAAGGAGAUUGCUCAAUCUGAAGGAGAGCCCGAGCGGCCUGCCAUUGGAACUGGUGUUUUUGCUCAGCAACAGAAGUUGGAGUCCCGCAGUCUCCGGCGCGCUGGACAGCAAGCCAAAGCUAGCGUAUAG